CUAACAGCUGCUGGAAGUCAUGAAGCGGUUAAAAAGCUCGCAGGUGACUCAGACUGGCACAAGACAAUAAACAACGCAGGAAUGUUACGAAACUGACGCCUUAAGACGAACCGUUCACCUGCGUCCAGAUAUAAAAACGGAACAUUUUGGUUUCGCCCAGUUUUCGAGACGUGGAUGUUUCCUCUCGGAGGUUUUGUCGUCAAGAGGUUCUACGAGUGGGUCAAAGUCGGGGUAAUCGAGUUUUCUUUGACGCGUCUAAAGGCAGAGCAGAGGAAGAGGUUUUCGCCUUGGCUCGCUGCCAUGGGGAACUCAUGCAGUAACUUUGGGAUCCCUGCAGGGAAUGGCCCCAAUCCUGUGGGGUGCACUGAUUUGAUGAUGGACCACACAGUGAAGGGCUCCUUCUUUAGGCUCUACUACCCUUGCCAGGAGACCGAAAAGGCAGAAAAACCAGACUGGGUCCCUUGUAAGGAAUAUUUUAAUGGCCUGGGAGACUUCAUGAAAAUCAACAGGAGGCUCAGUGAACAGAUUUUUAAAUACCUCUUUGGGUCCUAUAAGAUCCCGGCCUUCUUAGACGCGCCGUAUAAACCGGACGGAAAGCGUCCAGUAGUCAUCUUCUCCCAUGGCCUUGGAGCCUUCAGGACAUUGUAUUCAGCUAUCUGUGCAGAACUGGCCUCUCAGGGCUUCAUCGUGGCCUCUGUGGAGCACAGAGACCAAUCUGCCUCGGCUACGUACUUCUUUCGUGAGAAGACAGAGUCUGAGAUGGCAAAAGAGACGUUGGCGAAAACCUCUACUUCCACCGACAAUACCCUCGUAGAGGAUUGGAUGUACUACAGAGCCCUGCAGCAGGGAGAAAGAGAAUUCCCCCUCAGAAACUCACAGGUCAAACUCAGGGCUGAUGAAUGCAUCCAAGCUUUGAAUAAACUCAUUGAGAUCAACUCGGGAGCAGCGGUACAAAACGCUCUGAAGACUCAGUUUGACUGGACCACACUGGAGAACUCCAUGGAUCUGUGCAGGAUAGCGGUGAUGGGUCAUUCCUUUGGAGGGGCGACGGUUAUAGAAUCUCUGUGCAAAGAGGUCAAAUUCAAGUGUGGAAUUGCACUGGAUGCCUGGAUGUUUCCUUUAGACGACGAGAUCUUUCCUCGGGUGAAGCAGCCGAUCUUCUUCAUCAACUCUGAAAAGUUUCAGUGGGCGGGGAACAUCAGCCGCAUGAAGAAGCUGGACUCCACAGUGAUACAGAGGAAAAUGAUCACCAUCAGGGGCACGGUGCACCAGAGCUUUCCAGACUUCACCUUCCUGACGGGGAAUUGCAUCGGGAAGCUGUUGAAGCUUAAGGGAGAGAUCGACCCAGAACUUGCCAUAGACCUUUGCAACAAAGCAACCUUAGCUUUUCUGCAGCGACACCUUGGCUUGGAGAUGAACUUUGACCAGUGGGACCCUCUGAUUGAAGGGGAAGACGAUAACCUCAUUAAAGGAACUAACGUGGUCUUGCUUCAGUCUUCCAUCUGACGCCUUCACAAGGACCUGACGGAGACCACUUCCUUCUGUCCUCUGGAGUCAUUGCAGCCUUAUCAAACGCCACCCCAGACUGACUCUGCGUUUUUCCGACAAUCAGCGAGGAAAACACAUCUACCUCAACAUGAGCAAGGAUUUAGCUUUUCCCCCAGAGGAAGCCCUCCGUACUGUUCCCGUUUUAUGGGGUCUGUGUUGAGGACAAGCAGCUCAGGACUUCCUGUUGCUCAAACUUUUCAAGCAACUGUUUUUUUUAAAAGACUUCUUGUAAUCAGUUUCUUUGUUCAGAAAAAAAAAAGAUCUUUGAGAAAUCUUGCAAGUAAUCAUCCAGAAGAAACAAAACUCUGCUGUACUUAAAAAUCCUGAUCCUCCAAUCAAACUAGUAGCAGAUCAUUAAAACACUAAGGAUCUUGUUUUGUUUGACGAUACGUUUCCUCACUCCUGCAGUAGGUUUUCACAUCAUUUCUGCCUUUUUUUUUUUUUUU